UUCAGAUGUGAUGUAACUGAAAUUACUGUGAAUUUACUGUGCAUUCUCUGAUCAUGCAGCUUAUUGAUGAGCUUGCAAAGCUGAUCUAGUGGAAUUUAAGUUCCUCAUUCAACAUGAUUCUCUUUUGGUGUAUUUUAUGAACACGCCAUUUGUUGCAUUAUUUCGCAUUCAAUUUAUAUCAAUAUAACAGUAAGUGAAAACUUGCGCCGAUUUUUCUGUCUGUAUAUAAUACAAUGCUUAAAAAAUGAGUUGUCGUCAUGUUAUGAUUUUUGACUGUGAAGUAUAUAAUCGAUUUAGUUUUUGUAGCUUUUGAUCUGAAACAAGCUUGUCUGUGCUCUGCUCUGUACCUCAAUUACUCUGAGUUACUUUUUCAUUGGUAUUUUAUAUCUCUUUGAUUAAAAAUACGUUAUUUGAAUCAUAAUCUUUGGUAAUUCGGGCUUUCUCAAAUCGGAAUAGUUAAUGAUAGUUACUGCUACGUCUUGAACGAUAACUUGACCUACUAGUAAUAAGUGUUUGCCACGUUUGACUUGUACUGAUUCAGUGGCGUCAUUAUUUUUGUGGUUUGCAAACUGAAUAUGAAUAUUCCUUAGCUGAAGUAAAUAACCGUGACUACUAUCUCCUUUAAACGGAGGUUGACCUCUGUUUUAUUUUCUCAGCGAAAUGUCCAAUCGGAUGAAGGAUAGCAGCCGAAACAAACUCGAAGUUGAAUACAUUUGAUCUGAAUUCUAAAUUCGUCCUUGUAUCAAUCCUUAUCUUUCCAAACUGUUAUUUUUAGCUAUGAGAGUUAAACUUGGCCUUAUUCACGGAUUAUUCAAUUAGUUUUUGGUUUCAAAAUUUCUCGCUGACCAAACCUUUGAUUAGAAAUUGUGGCUUAUUUGACGUGAAGCUGAUUACGGCUAAUAUUUAGUUCAAAAUUCUUUCUUAUUCGUUACUUAAUUAAACGAAACGCAUUUCUUCUGUAUAGCGGACUUGCUCUAGCAGAUACAGAAUUCCGCAAAAUCAUCGAGAGCAAAACUGCCUUCAGCUUUUGCAAUUUCUUAUCUUCUCCGGGACUUACAAGAGAAAUCUGAUUACCAAGGUUCUUGUCUUUUACUUGUCAAGAACUUCGUGUAUCCACUUAGGACUAUCAGAGUCUUGUACAGACGACAAAGCAAUAAUGAUACCCAACAGACAAUGGAUGCAAUCUGUUCCUAGGGAGCGACCACUGUUCGGGGAUGCGUUCCGUAGAGCAAAUUACUACCCUAAUCCGGUGACUACUAUCGUGGCGGUGGUCAACGUAUUCUGUGCAACGGGCACUUUCACUAAGAGUGCGCUUGGUCUCGUGGCUACCCCGGCAUCAUACUUCUUCGUGUAUGUUUUCCCAUCUCUCAAAGAUGCUACUAAUUCAGCUCUGGACUCUAUGUUGGACGUAGCUUUAGACGCAGCACCCUUGAGGUGGAUAUGCCCCAUUGAUGAUGGCUUUAACCCGUUUGACGGCCUCGAUGUUCGUUUUCUUAACACAAGGACAGUCGACGACAAUAACGCAGAUCAUGAUCUCAACAUCGGAAUAAACAAUGUGCAGAAUAUUGAUGAGUUUGCACAUCGUAAACAUAUUUGACGGCAAAUAUAACAUUUAAACUUUGAAAGCAAAACUUUGUGUUGCUUACAAGCAUUGGUGCCUUUGUUUAGAUAGUUGUAUACCUUUGAUUGUUGCUUAAUUUUUUCAUAACUUAUUUUCCCAGAGUAGAUUUAUUAGUGUACUCGUUUUCUCCAAAGA